AUGGCAGAAGUGGAGGAGAAGGGCUCCUCUUUUGAAGCCCUUCUAGACUCUUGCACCAUUCUCCUCAGGCCACGAAAACGGGACAAGAAAAAUGUUGAUGACAUAUUUAAUACCCUAGGAGAUCUGUUUAAGCUUGUUGUCGAAGAGAAACCUGUUCUCGAUAGCAGCAUCUGUGUCAUCAAUUCAUAUUGUACAAAUGUGAUUUCGGACGGACAGCAUAAUCUCCCUGCUCUAAAGGACUUAAUCUGUAUGACACUCUUUGAAAUAGAUGGCGUUUCUUGUGAUUCACUUCCGCUUGGACCGCUGGCCUCCAAACUCAUAGACUACAACUUUCUAUCAAAGCUGGUCUCGUGGAGUGCUACUGGAGAAUUCGUUCCGAGCAAUAUAAAAUACUUUGCCCUGCAAAAUCUACUGCUUAAUUUUGAUUUUUUAAUAAGCCAGGCUAAACAAAGUCUUCUCUUUUCGACCUCCAUCCUCCAGCCUCUUUUGAGGCUCAUUGUUUCUUGCCGUGAAUUCUCUGAACACCUGUCAGAAUAUUUGAGUCGACUACUUUACACGCUAUCCGUGCUGCUAUGCCGGGAUCCAAUCCUUUUGGAAUUCUCCAAGCAGGUGUCGCAUGAUGUAACGCGGGACGAAUAUUUCAUUUUCUCUCAACUCGUCCCAUUGCUUCAUUUGCACGGACCCUCGGGUACCAAUGCACAAGAUGCCCUUCUCCUCAUUCUCGCUCUUUCGGAUCGUGAUGCCGAGGUGGCUAAUUAUCUCACCUUGAGGUCUGAUAUCUGUCCCGUCUUGGCGACAGGUUUGAGUGGACACUACUCCUGUCUUCCCAAGCGCAUCGUUUCUGAUGCUUCUGAUGGUGAACGGUCUUCUAAAGCUCUUCGCAUGCAUAGUGCUGAUUGGCACCGAAUCUCCCGAUCUGAGUGGUCCAAAUGUGAACCUCUUGUUCGAUUCCUCCAAACUCUUGAUUUCUGCAACUUAGCUAUUCGUGUAUGA